AUUAUGGGUUUGAAGAAUGACUUGGUGGUGUACACAAGACUAGAGUGUGAAAGCUGUGAGGAAAUGGCAGUUUCUAUGCACAAAGCUAAAGAAGAAGGAGCAGAUCUGGUGGAGCUUUGCAUUGAUGACUUCACUUUCUCUCACAUUUCACAACUUGAACUACUACUCAAACAAAGAAGUUUACCAUCCAUCGUUUCUUUCAGGCCAAAAUCUGAGAUAAAUUCUGACUGGAAGAAAACAUGUAUCCAAGUUCUCAAAUUAGCUGUUGAGUUGGACGUUGAGUUCGUCGAAGUCGACACUGAGGUUGUUUGCCAUCAAGUGGUUGCUGAAUUGAUGAGCAGCCGAUCAAAUAGCAAGAUAAUUGCUUCUACUUAUGUCAUUAAUGCUGGAAACCCUCCUACUAAAGACACACUUUGUAAUUCCAUCAUAAACCUGCAGUCCACAGGAGCAGAUAUCAUCAAACUUGUCAUUGAUGUAGCUUAUAUUACAGAUGUUGCACCAGUUUUCCAUAUGCUUACACAUUCUCAGCUCCCUCUAAUUGCUAGGGCAGCAGGGGAUAGAGGUCUUAUAAGCCAACUAUUGGGUCCAAAAUACGGUGCUUUCUUUGUUUGUGGAUCUUUGGCAGGCAAAUCCACCCCUGGCUUGCCUCCUUUGACCAGCAUUAAACAGGUUUAUAAACUCCAAUAUGUCAACCCAGAUACUAGAGUUUUUGGUGUAAUCUCAAAUCCUGUUGGCCAUAGCAAGGGCCCCCUUCUGCACAACCCUGCCUUUAGGCAUACAGGAUACAAUGGAAUAUAUGUCCCACUACUAGUUGACAAUGUCAAGGAAUUUUUUCGCGUUUUCUCAUGUAAUGACUAUGCUGGUUUCAGUGUUGGUAUCCCACAUAAGGAAGCAGCAGUACGCUGCUGUGAUGAAGUUGAUCCACUUGCUAAGUCUAUAGGAGCUGUAAACACAAUUAUAAGGAGGCCUUCUGACGGCAAGCUCAUUGGUUAUAAUACAGAUUGUGAGGCUUGUGUGACAGCAAUUGAAGAUGCACUUAGAGAGAGACAAAAGACCAAUGGCCGUGCAUCAAAUGUUUCUCCAAUUGCUGGAAAAUUGUUCGUAUUAGUUGGGGCAGGUGGUGCAGGGCGAGCUAUUGCUUUUGGUGCCAAAAGCAGAGGGGCAAGGGUUGUAAUAUUCAACCGCAAAUAUGAGAGAGCAAAAGCUCUGGCUGCAGCAGUAUCCUGUGAAGCUUUGCCAUAUGAACAUCUGAACGAUUUCUGCCCUGAGAAGGGAAUGAUUCUUGCAAAUGCUUCUGCUGUGGGCAUGCAGCCAAAGUCUGAUCAAACUCCUAUCUCCAAGGAGGCCUUGAGAUCAUACGAACUAGUAUUUGAUGCAGUUUACACACCUAGAAAUACACGGUUAUUGCAGGAGGCUACAGAGGUUGGAGCUACAGUGGUGAGUGGGGUUGAGAUGUUUGUCAGGCAGGCACUUGGGCAGUUUAAAUUGUUCACCAAUGGAUUAGCACCAGUAGAUUUUAUGCGGAGGAUUGUGUAUGAGCAAUUUUGAUUCUUUUAGAAGAAA